UUACGACGCUCCCUUACCACUUCCAACACGACCUUUGCCCUAGCAUGCAGUGGAUAAUAACAGGAAGACUGUGCCCACUCCGACAGAGUCACAUUAUCCAAGACGUGCUUACACAUUUACCGAGGUUUGUGUCUCGUCGAAGUAUGUCUUCGUCUCAAGCUAAACGACCGGUUUCCUUACUGGGAACUAUGGCGUUCGGUGGGCGAGCCGACGCCGACCAGAGCCUGGAGAUGGUGAAGACUUUCCUGGGCAGGGGACACAGUAAGGUGGACACAGCCUUCAUGUACAUGGACGGGAAGUCAGAGACGAUCAUAGGAGGCAUGAAUCUUCCCAAAACAGUAAGCAUAGCUACCAAGGCCAACCCCUGGGAUGGGAAGACGUUGAAGCCAGAGAGUGUGCGCUCUCAGUUGGAAACCUCCCUUCAGAGGUUGCGGACCGAUUGUGUGGACCUCUUCUACCUCCAUGCCCCUGACCACGAAAACCCCAUCCAGGAUACCCUUAGGGCUUGCAAUGAACUCCACAAAGAGGGAAAGUUCAAGGAGUUUGGCCUGUCAAACUAUGCAUCGUGGGAAGUGGCUGAGAUUGUGUGCAUCUGCAGACACAACAACUGGAUUAUUCCCACUGUAUAUCAGGGAAUGUACAAUGCCACUACAAGACAGGUUGAGACUGAGUUGCUGCCAUGUCUGAGAAACUACGGAAUGAGAUUCUACGCAUACAAUCCUCUAGCAGGUGGCCUUCUGACAGGAAAGUACCAUUACCAGGACAAAGAUGGCUCCCAGCCUGCAGGAAGAUUCUUUGGCAACAGCUGGUCUGCAGCAUACCAGGACAGAUACUGGAAGCAGAGUCAUUUCCAGGCUAUAAAUGUGGUUCUGAAGGCCAUGGAGGGCGCACACGGCUCGGAGAAACCCACCCUGACUUCUGCUGCUAUGCGAUGGAUGUACCACCACUCCCAACUUAAGGGUGAUCUUGGCGAUGGAGUCAUCAUUGGCAUGUCAAGUAUGGAGCAACUUCAGCAAAACUUGGCUGCUGCAGAGGAGGGUCCUCUGGAUGAGCGAGUGGUUGCCGCUUUCAAUGAGGCCUGGAAUCUCGUAGCCCACGAGUGUCCAAAAUACUUCCGCUAAAGAGCCAAAAUCCAACAACCCAAUAUCAUCCAUGUUUAUACAGAAAAUAGAUGAGAAAGCACUUUUCCUUAGCUACUUACUUGUUUCCUGAAAUGUUUGAAAUGAUUUUUUUUUUGUUAUGAAUGAAUUGAAGACCAGUAUGUAUUAAUCAGUAAGAGCACUUCAUUAAUUUAUAAAAAAUGAAGAUUUUUUUCAGGGAAAAAAACUUUUUUAUGGAAUCUGCCUUAAUUAAACUGUUACAUUAAAAAGAAAAGUAAUUUUC